AUUUGUGUGUUGGUUUUUUAUUUGUGGUGACACGAUUUGGUCGAACAAUAUUAUUUUGUGUCAUUGAUGUUUUAUGUAAUUGCAAUAUGAUUCGUUUAAAUCCUGUAAUCGCUUGGUUAUAAAUUUAAUCUCCCUCUAUUGUAGCUCCUCUAUUCUUAUCAAAACAUAACUUAUGCGAAAUUUAAAAUGAUGCUUUGUUUCAGGCUUUGAAAUACAGCUCAAGAAAAGGCUCUGAGCUAGAGACGUCGUUUUGAAUUGAGUUGUUACAUUUAACACUUUUGAUUGUAACUCAAAAUGUGAGAUGAGAAGCCGACAUGAUUAAACAACAGGAGUUUCAACAGCAUUUUGGGCGCGAUAGUUGUUCUUAUACUGUACAACUAUUUGCGUCAUUGACUGAGACGGCUGGCGUUGGAAAAGUUGCAACUAAAAAUUUCCUCGUAAAGAAGCGCUAUGAAGUAAAUUUACGAACAAGACAGGAUAAUUUAAAAUAAUUAUUCCUCUCACUGGGUACACAUAAGCUUUGUUAACAUCAAAAUACAAUUGCCUCUUCAACCCUCGACUAGAGAGGCAAGCCGUGGCUUGGAUAUUUUAUCCUCGCCAUUUUUUUGACGAUGAAAGUUGAUAAUAAUCUUUAUAAUAGUUUUGUCGGGGUCGAGAAUUUCAAGCUGGGUUGUGAGAGAUCUAAUCAGCAAGAUAAACCCGCUAUCGGGAGACUCAUGCAAUUUUGUCUCGGCUGAAAAGUUUGAAAAAUCUCUGAAGAAGUAAUUUCAGUGUCGAAGAUACAACGAACUUCAUUUGCUAUAUUCUACACCGCUGGUUUGAAUUAUUUUAACCCCAGGUUUCCGUCGAAAAAAUUUGAUCUGAAGCUUUGUUAGGUGAAUAUGUUGUGCGAAUUUGGUUUAGAAAAAUUAUAGCCUUGAAAUUCUUUCUUUUACAGACUACCAGAAGUACGACAGAGGACCAACUUCCUUGAGCCAUGGCUACAUCAAGUGACUUCGAGGAGCGUAAAUUGCGCAAGCUUAGCCCCGUCGAGAAAUUGAUCCAGUUUUGCCACGAUCAUACAGUAAAUGUGACGGUUUACUGCCUAACAAUUGCGACUCGGAGCCCUUUACAACGAAGCUCAGUGCACUCUGCCCUCCUGCACUUGUACAGGAAACUGCCAAAUUUGCGAGUGUGCAUCGACGAGGACAGAAAUGGCGAGCUUUGGCUGUGUCAAGAAAACAUACUUCUCAAGUGGCUGACUUCCCCUGAGGAUUUCGACAUUGUGUACAUUGGGGAGACCCGCAAGCCCCACGAUGCGAGGGUGGGGCCGUUAUGGCGCGUGACGGACAUGCCAGCUCAGAAGGGCCGAAUCCUGACACAGAAUUCAAGCAUCAUUAUAGAGUGAUGUUCGG